AUGCUUUUCCCUCCUCUUGAUGGUUCUUUACUCCUUCCCGAGCUAUUUGCAUUCAACGCCAGGCACAACACAGACAGGCCUUUUUACAUCUUUUCCAACGCUGAUGGACUGACCACUGUCACUCACCUUGAGUUUUAUCGAGCUUGCCACAGAGUCGCACAUGCUCUUCGUCCCAACCGUACGGGUCCCGAGGGCGAAGUUAUCGCCAUCAUAGCCCAGACCGAUAAUAUUCUAUAUGCUGCCCUAAUUGUAGGGACAAUGAUUGCUGGCGCAAUUGUGCGUAUUUUCCAUCUCUUCCGUUUCCACUUACUCAAAGUCACCGUAGCCAUUCCCCAUGUCUCCACGAAACUCCGCAGCCGCAGUGAUGAAUAUGCUGCAGAAGACUGGUUGUCACCGAAUAAUUUCCACGCAGUAUUCUCUGCAUGCUCUCUUGGAUGA